AUGGCGGAACUGGAGGAGCGGACUGUCUUGCGAAAAGACCAGCUAGAGAUUAGCCUGGGAAAUGAACAGCUACUGAUCAAAGAGGGUACUAUCAAGGAUGAUAACCCUUUAGAUCUGAGUGAACCCUUCCGGGAACUUUGCAGUGCUUGCCGUAAGGGCGACCUGAAAGUCUGCCAGGAGAAAAUCACCGAGGGGGUCAAUGUGAAUGCCCGUGAUGCAUACGAUUACACUCCUUUGAUUCUGGCGAGUCUGUGCGGGCACUAUGAAGUGGCACAAUUGUUGCUGGAGUCUGGUUCACUCUGUGAGCGAGAUACUUUUCAAGGCGAGAGAUGCUUGUAUAAUGCCCUGAAUGACCGUAUACGAAACCUCUUGCUUGAAUAUGACUAUUCGAAGUCAACCGAUCCACUGCAACCUCUUGCGGCGCAUAUUUCUUCGCUUCUCACUCGACCUUCACCGGUAACCUCAGAUAUCGAGGUAACGGCAUCUGACCAAUCGGUCCACCUGCAUAAGUUUAUUUUGGCUGCUCGAUCUCCAUAUUUCCGUGGAAAGCUCGCAGCCGCCCCAGAAUCAACAACUUGGAAGCUCCCUAGCAAUGUUUCCCCAGAUGCAUUUACUGCAGCAAUUAGAUACUUAUAUCUGGGAGAGCCCCCGCGCGAGCUGAAGAGUGGACCUGGUACUGGGUUUACCGAAUCAGAGGUAUUCGCGGCCAUUGACAAGAUCUCCAAAUAUCUGGAAAUUCAAAGUCUGAUGGACAGUAUCCUGGACAGUGGAGACAGGAGGAUGGCCAGACAGCGAAGGACUCUAGAGCUUGCGAAGGGCCGGGAUCAAAUGGAAGAAUGGUUCCGCACCAAUGUUCUCGGAAACAAGAUGGUCAUCAACACAUCUCAAUCCAGUCAAGUGAAGUGGGAUCGGAACAACACAAUCUUUGCCGAUGUUCUUCUGCAAGCAGAUGAACUGCCUGAUGAGGUCGAGAAGGGUCAAGCUCCAAAAUCGGUACUCUUCCCAUGCCACCGAGCAAUGCUCCUCCGUUCUGAGUUCUUCCAAACCAUGUUUUCGUCCUCGUUCCGCGAAGCUCAGAUCACAGAUCAUUUGCAUAUUAUUGACGUUGACUGUGCCCCCGAUGUGCUGGAGAUUGUACUCACAUUCCUGUACACUGAGCGCGCUGAUUUCCCCUUGGAAGUUGCAGUUGACGUUCUCUUUGCGGCCGACAUGCUUUUCAUUGAGAAAUUGAAGACAAAGGCGGCCGUUGUAAUUAGCACUCUGGGCAGUGGCGGCAUGUCUCAAGCCGAAGCUGCGAAAACCCGAGGCAAGGACGACGACGAUAUUGAUAUCUAUGCCAUCAUGCGCGCCGCUUGGUUGACCCGUGUCCAGCGAUUGGAAGAGUUUGCUGCUCGAUUCCUCGCAUACCGACUGGAAGCCCAUAUCGACACGCCUGAGUUUGCGGAACUGAUCGCAGAGUCAGCAUCGCGUAUUAAAGCGCGUCAGGAGACCGAUUCUAUUGAACUACUGGAUGAUAUUCGAUUCUACCUGAAUGAACGCUUCCGGUUGAGAUUUGAUGAUGCAGGCCUUGACGAGAUGAUGGAUGAAUCGCCCAAACCUGCAAACGGAGAUGCGAAUGGUGAUGCGCCAGAGCUGCAGGAUGUUGAUAAAAUCAUAGAUGGUGUUGAGGCACUCGACGUGUCGAACGGUAACGUCAAUGGCAAGGAAGAAAGUAACCAUCAGCAGCCCGAUAAGAUUCGUGAAAUCCGCACCUUAGAUGGAGUUAUGGUUGAAGACGAGUUCGACGAAGAUGCCAUGAACUAUGAGAUUUUGAUGGAGAAGUUAGAUGCUCUUCUGGUGACUUUGAAUCUCGAUGCUUAG